ACUUACACGUUAGCGCAUCAUCGCGCGCAAGACCUCUCUCAGCAGCACGACCGCCAGUUCAUUCCGCUGCACUCCCUCUCCUUCACGAUUCUAGCCCAGUCUGAUAUGUCUGCUCAGGAUGCGACUGUAGACAUCCGCAUUGAGCUCCCCACGUACUCCCGCUCUUUCACCGUGCACGCCGGACCAUCCUCGACGAUCCGCGAUGUCAAGCACGAGAUAACCAAGGUCUGUCCUGGCAGCCCUGGGGCGGAUGGCCAGCGGCUUAUCCACAAGGGGCGCUUUGUCAAUGACCACGAGCUCGUGGGGGAGAUAUGGAAGAAGCAGGAUGAGGUGCAUGUUCUCCACCUCUCCGUACAUCCGUCGGCGUGGACAGGUGGGAUGCCCACAGUAGCGUCGUCUUCGUCGCCAGCUGUCACAGCCCCGUCUGCGGUACCUUUGUCCACGCCGCCUGUUCCACCGGUCUCAGUUCCUUUCUCAUACGCGACGCCGGUGGCACCUCCAUCCGUGGCCGCUCCAUCUAUGCUGGCUUAUACAACGCUGGGUUACGUCUACUACAAGCAUGCGUCCGCCUUGUCUGUGCUCAUCAACGGGACGGACCGUAUCGAGGGUGCCAACCUGGGUGACGCUGAGCGAUGGCGCGCACCCGGAGGUUUGAAGUACGAGCGGACAACAGCCGAUGGACUACCCUGCCUUUCGCUUACCAACCCCGGCGAGGAGCCUACACCUAUCCAAGUACAAGCCCUCAAGGUCCUCUCUCUGACAUUCACAAUACUGUCUGCUCUGGGUCCAUUCGCGGCACCUUACUAUCCUACCGCCCCCACCAGCGUUGCCCAAACCAUCGCGACCACCAACCUCAACGAGCACCUCCAGCGGCUCGGUCUACCCGCUCUGCGCCUCGCCCAUGGCCAGAUUCCCAACCAGAAUCUCAACCCGAAUGACCCAAAUAAUCUCGCCGCACCCGCAGCAGCAGUGGAGAUCCGUGCGAUCCCUAUGCGGGCGGUCCUAGUACCGUUUCUCAUGGUCGCUUUCCGCACCAUCCUGCUCUUGUAUUUCUUCGGGCCGACCAAGCGGCCCUUCUUCGCUCUCAUAAUUGGGGCAUGGAUCCUUUACGAAGCAUGGGGCGCGAUCCGUCUUGUGCUCGGGAACGACAGACCUCGAGCAGGUGCCGCGGACGCCCCUGCAGCCAACCAAGCUGGUCAACCAAGGCAACAGGCCGAAGGCCAGCAGCCCGAUCGACCGCCCCGCCGUCAGCGAGGUGCGGGCGCGCCCAACGCGAACCGUAGCGCGAUGCAGUCGUUCCUCGCCGGCCUCUCGAACCUCAACCUGCGGAGAGAAGACUCGGUCAUCGACACCGGCGCGAACGCCCCUCCGCCGAGUCUCAGCCACAGGAUCAAGACCUUUGUCGUGCUCAUGCUGUUGACUGUGUACCCGGCUGUCUGGGAUCACCGUCGGGCGGCUCUGAGGCGGCGCGAGGGUCGGCUGCGGACGGAGGCGAACGCGCGGGAGGCCGCGCGAAGCGCAGAGCCCGAGCCUGGGCGCGAAGCGGAAGUGAGGGCAAGGAUCCUGGAAGAGCUGCAGGAGAGGCGGCCCGCGUGGGUGAAGGGAUAUAUCGAGAGGGUGCAGACGACAGACUGGGCCGACGAGUUGUAGACUGGCGCGAUAUAGGGGUGAAGCUGGGCGGUGGCCCGAGUGUACUGAUACUGGAUGGGAUUGUUGUACGCAUAGGCUUCGUUUAGCGAUAUAGUUAUGGACGUUUGGGUCGAUUCUACAUACUUCUGUCCUUUAUGAUGACCUCUCCUAUAUUCGUUUAGCGAUAUAGUUAUGGACGUUUGGGUCGAUUCUACAUACUUCUGAAUCUGUCCUUUAUGAUGACCUCUCCUAUAUU